UCAGUAAGUCAAUACUACAAUGGACUUGGAGGAAAAUUACUCGAUCAGAGCAGAGGUCAUCCUCCCGAUCGUGGAGAAACACUUUGACCGCAUUCUGCCGGCCCAAUGGAGCAUGCUGGCUACUGGGACCAUUGAUUCGGCAACGCAGGUGGUCCUGGCGGACAUGUGUACAGAGAUCACGCAGAAACUUUGCGCAGACACCAUUCGACUUAUUAUCCCAGAGUUUAAGCAACGUAUACAGAGCGUGGGCAAGAAAAAAAUGAAGCUAAAGGUGGAAGGUGGACUGAGCACCGCAUUUGCUUCGGCGCUCAGCGUCCCGGAGCAGCCCAGCAAGAGCUCCCAAAAACUGGACUCUUUGUUCAAAAAGGAGAUAUCUCAAAGGGUCAAUCAGACGUUGUCUACAGCCACCAGCACCGAUAGUCAACUGGCGCCGCUCAUUUACAUCCCAGGGACCUUUACCAAGAUAGAAGUGCUGGCUAAGAUGGUGCUGCUGGCUUGCGGUGCUCUGAAGGUUUAUCUGAGCAAGAUGGCGAUAUACACGCAGUGCUUCAGGCCGUGUCGGCGUCAACAGAAGAGCCAGGAGUCCAUCAAUGGUGCAAAAUGCGGCAACGUGUGCAUAUACAACCGUGAGGAAACCAAAGAGGCGGUGAUAAAUAUCCUCCAAAGAUGGGCUGACAGCGAGGACAGGUCCCUCUCGAGCAGUACAACUCGUGACCUCAAGAGAACAGCAGCGUCAAUUGUUGAGACUAUCAUUAACGACCUGCACUAUUCCGCCCCUGCAGAAGAAGGCCACAGUCGUACGUCGACACCUCAUUUCGAUUUAGGGCUUAUAAAGGAUCAACUCUGUGAGUUCUUUGAAUCCUUAUCACCGACAAGCAGCAAUGAAUCUUCUCGGAAACGCAACUUUUUGGAUUUCUGCCAAAAGAAGUUUGGCGAGCUAACAUCUGAGCUGCAGAAGGUCCGCUGCCGCUGCAUGCGAAUGCGCUUAGAAGAAGAGAUGUCUUUAAACAACAGUGCGAUGCCGACUAAAUCCUCUGACACGGACACGGUGCUCAGCUUCCAGGGAAUCCAGUCGGGUCUUGAGGACGUGUUUAAUAAAGUGGCAGUACCAGAAGGAGAUGCCAGUAUAGAUGUGGACAGACUGAGACACGAAGCAGACACGUUCUCACAAGAACUGGCUGACAGAAUCUACAAUUACAUGACCACCAACCGAACUACGGUGCAGUCAGCGUCAGUGUGGAGGCGCUUCUCAGACCCGCUCAUCUUGGAGGUGGACAACAAAAAACCUGAGAAUAUUCAAGUUCUGCACAAGAUCGUGGAGGAUACGUCCACAAAGUUUGUUCAGCAACUUCUCCUCUGGCUCAAGAUGGAACCGAUAAUGAGGGGGAAACACGCAGAUCAGGUGUACGGUUGCUUGAAGGACAUCGACACACUCAUCACAGGAACCAUGAUCCCACAAAAAAAGCUAGUUGUGUCCGAUGGAAGGUCAGAAGCUCUGCCCUCACAGGUUCCAACAAGCUCCAUGCAGAAAGAAAUGGAAUCGGACGCCACACCGGAAAAGUCCUCGCUCUCUGGUGUGAUACGUGUUGCUUGGCCAUCGCCGCUGCGCCCACCCUCUGCACAGGGGAAGACUCAUGACACAGACACUUCCCUGUCAAAGAGCUCGGCUUCAGACAAGGUGAACGGUGCUUCGUUUCCUCCGGUCCGCUCAGCUUCCAUGCAGGAGGAGAUGGUGGCCUCACUGGUGUCAGUCCUGAUCGUACAGCUGCUCACGUGCGUCCCAAAAAGAACCAUGAGAGUCGUUCACUCCGUCGACACCCUGCCAAUCAUCCAGCGUCUCUCGAGGAAAGUGCUGCAGGACAAGUACUUGCGCGGCAUCACCGACAAGAACCUUUACAGCGUCAACAAGGUCAUGAAGGUGGUCAUCGAGGAGCUGAAGCAAGAGUUUCACUCCACGGAGAUGUUGGUGGAGGCUUUACUUUCUGAUGAGCCAAGUUUUGACGAUGCCAUACUGAGGCAGCUGACGUUGACGAUGGGCGCGCCAAGACCGCGCAGGACAAAAAAGAUGUGUUCCACUGUGCACAAGGUUUUCCUUAGAACCUUCUGCAUACGCCCCCCAAGAACACAAUGAAACUGAGUACACUAAAGAGUAGCAAAGUGCGCUCCAGGAGCCAAGGAUCUGAGAAUGGGAGACUGAGAUCGGAUGUUGUGUGCAUGUGGCCAACUGAAGUGCAAUAAUGAUGCGAGGGUACGAUGUUAUGCUACCGUGGCUGGGACAGUGAAAAUAAAUGUCUGGUCCUAUUUGUAUUUAAUGUCUAUUCUCAUUGGGGUGGUUGUCUGUCAAAUGUUCUCCACCAGGAUCCAGAGGUUUUCCAACAGCGGUUGAGUGGUUAGCACGCAGACCUCACAGCUAGGGUUCAAUUCCACCCUUGGCCAUCUUUAUGUGGAGUAUGCAUGUUCUCCCCGUGCACUCUCCGGGUACUCCGGUUUCCUCCCACAUUCCAAAAACAUGCUAGGUUAAUUAGCCACUCCAAAUUGUCCAUAGGUAUGAAUGUGAGUGUGAAUGGUUGUUUGUCUAUAUGUAUGUGCCCUGUGAUUGGCUGGCCACCAGUCCAGGGUGUACCCCGCCUCUCGCCCAAAGACAGCUGGGAUAGGCUCCAGCAACCCCUGUGACCCUCGUGAGGAAAAGUGGUAGAAAAUGAAUGAAUGAAUGAAUUUAUUCCGGGCUGCACGGCAGUCGAGUGGUUAGCACGCAGACCUCACAGCUAGGAUUCAAUUCCACCCUCGGCUAUCUCUGUGGAGUUUGCAUGUUCUCCCUGUGCAUUUGUGGGUUUUCUCCGGGUACUCCGGUUUCCUCCCACAUUCCAAAAACAUGCUAGGUAAUUGGCCACUCCAAAUUGUCCAUAGGUAUGAAUGUGAGUGUGAAUGGUUGUUUGUCUAUAUGUACCGUGUGAUUGGCUGGCAACCAGUUCUCGCCCGAAGACAGCUGGGAUAGGCUCCAGCAACCCCUGUGAGGAAAAGCGGUAGAAAAUGAAUGAAUGAAUGAAUUUAUUCCGAGCUGCACGGCGGUCAAGUGGUUAGCGCGCAGACCUCACAGCUAGGAUUCAAUUCCACCCUCGGUCAUCUCUGUGUGGAGUUUGCAUGUUCUCCCCGUGCAUGCGUGGGUUUUCUCCGGGUACUCCGGUUUCCUCCCACAUUCCAAAAACAUGCUAGGUUAAUUAGCCACUCCAAAUUGUCCAUAGGUAUGAAUGUGAGUGUGAAUGGUUGUUUGUCUAUAUGUGCCCUGUGAUUGGCUGGCGACCAGUUCUCGCCCGAAGACAGCUGGGAUAGGCUACAGCAACCCCUGUGACCCUUGUGAGGAAAAGCGGUACAAAAUGAAUGAAUUUAUUCCUCCACUUGGAUCGGGAACAUCUCUCUCGUGUGCCCAAAUCACCUUGAAAUAUGCUCCUAAACGUUCCAGUGUUGUCGCUUAUCAGAUCUCUACGGUCUUUCGUGUCUGGAGAACAUGUGAAAAGCCCGGAGGUUCAUACAACCAACCUGUACCACCGGUUGGUGUGUGAUUCCUCAGCAGGGUGUCACCUACUGUUGGGAGGACACUUGUCACUAUAAGAGCAACCUUCCUCGCUCUGUCUGUCAUCAAGCAUGGCUCAACUGGGUGACCUGGGUUUCGCCAAAAUUGCCGGAGAGAAAGCAGGUGACUUUGCACGAGAUCUUACAGAAGAUGUCGUGAAUAAGAUUACGGGAGGAGGACAGCAGGCUCAAGAUGACAAAGGAGGACCUGUCGGAAACCUCCUGUCGUUUGGUGGGAAGAGUGACGACGACAAAGGAGGACCUGUCGGAAACCUCCUGUCGUUUGGUGGGAAGAGUGACGACGACAAAGGAGGACCUGUCGGAAAUCUCCUGUCGUCGUUUGCCGGAAAGAGUGACGACGACGACAAAGGAGGACCUGUCGGAGAUGGACUACAGAAACUUGUUGGAAAUUUUUUUUAAACUACAACUCAGCAGACAUCGACCCCCGAUCAAGUGAGACUUCACAUCCCAAAUCUUCCUGGCUGUCAAUGUGGAGAAAACAAGCAACUCCUCUUGGACAUACAUCUUAUGAAUUGGGAAUGUAUCAUUAAGAAUCCUUUGAAAUAAAUUAUUCCAAUGCUA